CUGGUGUCACACCGUUUAUGUUCCGACGCUGCUGGCUGUCAGCCUGCCCGCUGCUCGGCUCUGAUAGCCGGUGAUGCUGCCAGUCGCGACGCGGACAGAGAUGGAGUUCAGCCGCAGAAGCAGCGAACUGUUGGACGGAGUUUGAGACAAAGGGAGGGCGGUUGGCGUUAGUUCACCGCCUGAACUGACCGCCCGGUGGGCUUAUUUCCUUUUUUAUACUGUUAACAGAGAAAUAGAGAAAAGUGCCGGUGAAGAUGAAGCUGCUGAAGCCGAGCUGGGUCAGCCACAACGGCAAACCCAUUUUUUCUGUGGACAUCCACCCAGAUGGGACAAAGUUUGCAACAGGUGGACAAGGGGAGGACUCCGGGAAGGUGAUGAUCUGGAACAUGGCGCCUGUCCUCAGAGAGGAAGAUGAGAAGAAUGAGAAUAUUCCUAAAAUGCUCUGUCAGAUGGACAAUCACUUAGCCUGUGUGAACUGCGUGCGCUGGUCCAACAACGGGCUUUGCCUGGCUUCAGGAGGAGAUGACAAGUUGGUCAUGGUGUGGAAGAGAGCAGCGUUGAUCGGUCCAAGCACUGUGUUUGGGUCAAGCAGCAAGCUGGCCAACGUGGAGCAGUGGAGGUGUGUGACCAUCCUGAGGAACCACACCGGAGAUGUGAUGGAUGUGGCCUGGUCUCCUCACGACGUGUGGCUGGCCUCCUGCAGUGUGGACAACACCAUCGUCAUCUGGAACGCUCGAAAGUUCCCAGAGAUGAUCACCUGCCUGCGAGGGCACACAGGACUGGUUAAAGGUCUGACCUGGGAUCCAGUUGGGAAGUACAUCGCCUCCCAGGCCGACGACCACAGCCUGAAAGUGUGGAGGACCGUGGAUUGGCAGAUGGAGGCAAACAUCACCAAACCCUUCAGUGAGUGCGGUGGAACGACCCACAUCCUGCGUCUCUCCUGGUCUCCAGAUGGUCAGUACCUGGUUUCCGCCCACGCCAUGAACAACUCUGGCCCCACCGCUCAGAUCGUGGAGAGAGACGGCUGGAAGACCAACAUGGACUUUGUCGGCCAUCGCAAAGCCGUCACUGUGGUGAAAUUCAACCCAAAGAUCUUUAAGAAGAAACAGAAGAACGGCAGCUCUCCGAAGCCCAGCUGUCCUUACUGCUGCUGCGCCGUGGGAAGCAAAGACCGCUCGCUCUCCGUCUGGCUCACCUCACUGAAGCGCCCUCUGGUGGUCAUCCAUGAUCUGUUUGAUAAAUCAAUAAUGGACAUUUCCUGGACCCUGACAGGUCUGGGGAUGGUGGUAUGUUCAAUGGACGGUACUGUGGCCUACCUGGACUUCUCCCUGGAUGAACUGGGAGACCCUCUGAGUGAGGAGGAGAAGAACACCAUCCACCAGAACAUCUACGGGAAGAGCCUGGCCAUCACCAACACCGAGGUUCAUCUUUCCACCACCAUCAUCGAGAACCCUGAGAUGCUCAGAUAUCAGCAGGAGCGCCAGAACUAUGCGCAGACCAAUGCCGGAGCAGCUGCUGCAGCCACCACCGGGCCUGAAUCCACUGCUCCAAAGGUCAACAGUGUCAUGAACGGAGAGUCUCUGGAGGACAUCAGGAAGAACCUUUUGAAGAAGCAGGUUGAGACGAGAACGGCUGAUGGAAGAAGACGAAUCACUCCGCUUUGCAUCGCUCAGCUGGACACGGGGGAUUUCUCCCCGGCUCUGUUCAACAGCGCUCCCAUUCUGCCAUCUGGUUCUUCCAUGUCCAAUCAGCUCGCUCCUCAGCUCAACUCAGACUCCAGCCCAGGACAGCCCUCCUCUAUGGGUGUGAGGCCAAACCAGGACGGCGUCCUCACCUCACCGCCUGCCAACAGUGGCACCAAAGGCCUGGAGAACGACAAAGACGGGCUGAAGUCCAGUCUGCUGCUCACGUCAGCCUCCAAAAUCGAGCCGAUGAAAGCCCUGGACUCCCGCUUCACAGAGAGGUCAAAGGCCACGCCUGGGAUCCCAUCAGCCAUCUCCUCCACAGCCGGACUCACCCCUCUGGAGAGACCGAAGGACGCUGUCUCUGCCCUGAAGGACACCAAAACCAAAGAAGAAACCAGCAGCGACAGUGAAGACAAGAUGGCCGCCAUCAACAAGAACUUGACGUUCGCCAAGAGGAAACCUGAACUGCUGCUGGAUGGAGGAGAAGUGGUGGAGAAGAGGAAGAAGGGACGGCCAAGGAAAGACAAGAUGGCCGCCACCGUCCCUCAAACGUUCACCCAGAUAACUCCUCCUCCACCUGAACGGGAGCCCAGCAGGGCUGCAGCUCCUCCACCUCCUGCAGCUGUUCUCAGACUGCCCACUCCGAGUCCACAGAAGGCCUUCAGACUGCAGGUGAGCAUGGAGCCGUCCGUGUUCCUGGAGGUGGAGAAUGAGGUGUCGCUGGUUGCUGGUUCGAAGCUCAGCCAGCUGCGGUGCUCCAGAGACGGACGGGACUGGAACACGCUGCUGCCUAGCUCUGUGCUCAUUGCUGCGGGGAGCAGCGACAUCCUUGCUGUCGCCUGUGACGACAGGAUGUUGUCGGUGUUUUCAAGCUGCGGGCGCCGCCUCCUCCCUGCCAUCCAGCUGGCCACGCCGGUCUCUGCAGUGCAUUGCUCCUCCCACUUCGUCAUGGCUCUGACCGCCGGAGCGACGCUGUCUGUCUGGGAUGUUCAGAGGCAGAAGGCUCUGGUGAAGAACGAGUCUCUGCAGACGAUUUUAUCUGGUGCUGACACCACAGUGUCUCAGUCUCUGCUGACCCAGCAGGGCAUUCCGAUCAUCGGACUGUCCAACGGGAAGUCCUACUGCUUCAGCUUGUCUCUGGAAACAUGGACUCUGAUCGCAGAUAAAGGAGACUCUCUGAUCCAGUGUGCCGACUUCAGGAGCUGCCUUCCUUCCCAGGAUGCACCUGCGUCCUUGGGACCGCUGGCUGUCAUGCAGGGACGCAACCUUCACGCUGGGCGGCUGGCAUCCCGUCUGUCGUCCACGCCGCACCUCCUCCAGCAGAGCAUGACGCUCGCCUUCCUGGAGAACCAGCUGGCGUCCGCCCUGACGCUGCAGUCGUCGCAGGAGUACCGCUACUGGCUGCUGAUCUACGCCCGCUUCCUCGUCAAUGAAGGUUCUGAGUAUCGUCUCCGGGAACUCUGUAAAGAACUUCUGGGUCCGGUCCACAAAUCAGCUGCUUCAUGCUGGCAACCAGCAACUUUGGGGCUGCACAAACGGGAGCUGUUGCGGGAGGUUCUACCCGUCAUCGGAGAAAAUCUGCGGUUUCAGAGACUUUUCACAGAGUAUCAGGACCAGCUGGAGCUGCUACGUGUCAAAUAACAUCCAGACUGACCCACAAACACUCUCACACAGACUGAAUGAAACCAGUCAGGUUUGGUCCCACUCGGCCCGCUUCGGGUAAACUCACACAGGGUGCUUGGAGUCGCUUCUCUAGCUGAGGCCCAGGAAACAGAACCGUUUUCUGGGACCUUAAAACAUGUCUGCCACUGUUUGGACACCGGACCUCUUCAGAACCCACCGUCGCUCUUCAGAACCCACCGUCACUCUUCAGAACCCACCGUCGCUCUUCAGAACCCACCGUCGCUCUUCAGAACCCACCGUCGCUCUUCUUAUUCCAGAUUUCCUUUAAUUUGACUUUGUUUCUUUUUUCUUCUGCAUUUCCUCGUCCCUGACCUGUGCUCAUCCUCUGGGUUUUCCAAUCAGGAAUUUCUGAAGGUAAAUCCAGGGAGAAGGGAAGUGAAAGGUUGGACCCACCUGCUCCUCCUCAGAACCAAAGCCGAGCAGCAUAAAAAGGCAGACCGCUCGAACCAAAGUGUCGUCUGCAAGCAUUGGAUGGUCCAGACAGAGAAGCUCAGUGAGUUUUUACAGGUUUACUGCUGAUCAGCCUGAGAGCACUUAAUGAUGUUUAAAGAACAGAAUCCCAAACGGAUCGCUCCAACUGAACCAGCUGCUUUCAUUUCUGUUUGCUUUCGCCGAUGGAAACCAGUUCCCCCACAGCAGAGAGAAUAUUCCCGGCAGUUUCUGAGUACUGACCUGGACCUCAUGUCAGUUGAGCAAUGAAGUAGGAAAAAUGAAGACCUCUGCUGUUACUGUCCUGCAGGAAUCCCUCUAGAUGUUCUGCUUUUUAGACAAUAUUAUGUCAGAAUCAGGUGAAAAACUGUCGUCAGUCACUUAAUAAUCAGGAAGCUCAGAUGUUUUAAAGGUUAGAAACUUCAUCAUGAGGCAAUGGGAGAAGUUGUAGCUGCUGGUUGCUUCAAUAGAAGCUGUGGGGAAACGGAGACGGCUGCAGAUUUUGGAAUAACUGCACCCAGAAUCUGAAAACCACAUGAAAAUUUGCUUUCGUCUCAUAAAUGUUUUUUAGUUUUGGGUUUCUGCAGCGAUCAGAGAUGAAGCAGCAGAGCCAGCCGGUGGCAGCAGAGGUUAACGUUUAGUCAGAGUGUCGCAGUGUUAACGCUCCCUUCGCUUCCUUAAUGUCCAUCUGUACAAAGUUUCACUGGUUUCUUUCUCCUGCUUCUUUUUGUGUUGUUUUCAAAUGUUUGUAAAUGUUUUUCGUAUGUUUUUUUUUUUUUUAUUUUAUAUGAAAAAGGAAAUAAAAUAAAGUUGCAGCAAUUUUGUUUCGGAGCAAAAAUGAAGAUUAAAAAGUGGAACUAAUGAA